AUGAAGACGUUCCCAAGCUGCGUUGUCUUGCAGAUAGAGACAAAGACAGAGAAGGAGGGGACAAAGACAGAGAAGAAGAAGGAGACAAAGACAGAGAAGAAGAAGGAGACAAAGACAGAGAAGAAGAAGGAGACAAAGACAGAAAAGAAGGAGACAGAGAAGAAGAAGGGGACGGAGGAGACAGAGAAGAAGACAGAGGGGACAGAAGAAGCAAAGGAAGAAGACGAGUACGUCCACGACUCUUCAGAUGAGGAGGACAUCAGGAACACAGUGGGGAAUGUCCCGAUGGAGUGGUACCGGGACUUCCCUCACAUUGGCUACAACCUGGACGGGAAGAAGAUCUACAAACCAAUCAGAAACAAGGACGAGCUGGACGAGUUCCUGGACAAGAUGGAGAACCCCGACUACUGGAGAACGGUCCCCGACAAGCAGACAGGAAGUGAUGUCGUGCUGUCAGACGAGCAGGUCCAGCUGGUCAACCGUCUCCAGAGAGGACAGUUCGGGGACGCCAACUUCAACGAGUACGAGCCCCAGGUGGAGUUCUUCAGCCGGGAGGUGAUGCUCCACCCGGUCACUAACCGACCGGCAGACAAGCGCAGCUUCAUCCCGUCUCUGGUGGAGAAGGACAAAGUGUCCAAGCUGGUGCACGCCAUCAAGAUGGGCUGGAUCAAACCGCGCCGGGUGGACGACGACAGCAGGGGGCGCUACUACGACCUCUGGGCCAAUGAGGACUCUUCUAUCCUGGCCCGACACAAGAUGCACCUCCCCGCCCCCAAAAUCCCUCUGCCGGGACACCAGGAGUCCUACAACCCUCCGCCGGAGUACCUGUUCACCGACGAGGAGAGAGCCCUGUGGGAGCAGCAGGACCCAUGUGACAGGAAGGUACCGUUUGUUCCCAGGAGCUUCUCCAGCCUCCGUCAGGUUCCGGCGUUUUCUCGUUUCAUCCACGAGCGGUUCGAGCGCUGCCUGGACCUUUACCUGUGUCCCCGCCAGAGGAAGAUGAGGGUGAAUGUGAAUCCAGAGGAUCUGAUUCCCAAACUUCCCAAACCAAAAGACCUACAGCCGUUUCCAACAACACAAUCUCUGGUGUAUCGGGGUCACAGUGGUCUGGUUCGCUCCAUCAGUGUGUCUCCGUCAGGCCAGUGGCUCGCCUCAGGAAGUGAUGAUGGCUCCGUGAGGUUCUGGGAGGUGUGUUCGUCUCGCUGUCUGAAGACGGUCCAGGUGGGCGGAGCUGUGAAGAGCGUCGCCUGGAACCCCAACCUGUCUGUCUGUCUGCUGGCUGUCGCCCUGGACUCGGUGGUGUUGAUCCUGUCUCCCUCUCUGGCAGACAGACAGGUGGUCCUGUCGUCAGAGCGACUCCUCUCGGCCCCCCAGGAGGCUGACGCUAACGAGGGGGCGGGGCCAGUCACCUGGAGCGAGACGGAGGGGGAGGAGCUUAACCAGGGCAUCCGCCUCAAGAUACAACACCCCAAAGCGGUCCAGCAGGUUUCGUGGCACGCUAAAGGAGACUACGUGGCGUCGGUGAUGCCGGACCACUCGAGCAACCUGCAGGUUCUGAUCCACCAGCUGAGCCGGCGCCGCAGCCAGAACCCCUUCAGGAAGAACAAAGGGCUGGUGCAGUGCGUAUCCUUCCACCCCGUCAGGCCCUACUUCUGCGUAGGGACGCAGCGCUCCGUCCGCAUCUACAACCUCGUCAAACAGGAAAUGACCAAAAAACUACAGGCUAACUCCAAGUGGAUCUCCAGCAUGGCCGUCCACCCCGGAGGUGAUCAUGUGAUCUGUGUCUGUAGGUGAUCAUGUGGUCUGUCU